AUGGCUGAGAGCAUCUGCUCAGCCAGGAGAAGCUCAAGUUACCAUAUCAUCCGGGCUUUGCUCAAAGAUCCAACAUGCCGGCCAAUAUAUGCUUUGAGCCGCACGCCAGACUCCAACCUUCGAGACGGCGUUUCCUACCACGCUGGCAACAUUACCAACGCAACAGCGCUCCAUGCACUGCUUCAAGAAAUCAAGCCGCAGGUUAUCUUUCUCACCGCCUCUUCGAAAUCGUCUGACUUCACCGUAAAAGGCCAGGACUACCUUGAUAUUCAUGUGGCAAGCACAAAAAACUUGCUUGCGGCCGGAAGGAUGGCUUCUUCAGUCAAGGCUUUGGUCUUCUCUUCAUCAGUUAUGGUCUUCGCAGGUGAGGAGCACAUUGACCUCAAUGAGACUCUGACUCUUUGGGAACCGCAUUCCAAAGGCACACCCUAUGAUCUAUCCAAAGCUGCCACCGAAAAGCUCGUCCACGAGGCCAAUUGUGAAGACCUCCGCACUGUGACUAAUCGUCCACGCCUCAUGUGUGGCGAGCAAGAUACUUCAUUCGUUCCUGGAUUGAUUGGAGUUCGUCCAAAUGUGCAACUUGGCGAUAAAACGAACUUUAUUGACACUGUGUCCGUCGGAGAUAUCACACCCCUCAAAAAUGUUACCGUCACUCCUGUUUGGCUUGCCCUGGCUUUGGCGAGCACAGCACAGUGGGCAUUCUUCAUCCUUACCCUAGGCCAAAAGAAGCCCAAGACAUUGAACAAGCUCGUUGUUUCGCGUCGUGUGCGAACGCACACCUACAACAUCGACAAGGCAAGGCAAGCGCUAGGCUACAAUCCUGUGCCCGAACUGGAGAAUGGGAAUAAGCGCUCGGUAGAGUGGAAGAAGCUGAAGCGUGAGGAGAAGAAGACGGACCUUAAGACGAAUUGA